AUGGAAGUCUCUAACCUCUCAGGCGCCACCCCUGGCAUCGCCUUUCCUCCCGGACCCGAGAGCGGCAGUGACGGCCCAAGUUCCUACAGGGGCGUGGGGUCCACCCCAGGAGGGCUCACCUUGCCUGGCCGCGAGCCGCCUUUCUCUGUCUUCACCGUGCUGGUGGUCACUUUAUUGGUGUUGCUGAUCGCUGCCACUUUCUUAUGGAACCUUCUAGUUUUGGUGACUAUCCUGCGCGUCCGCGCCUUUCACCGCGUGCCCCAUAACUUGGUGGCCUCGACAGCCGUCUCGGACGUCCUGGUAGCGGCGCUGGUGAUGCCGCUGAGCCUGGUGAGCGAGCUGUCGGCCGGGCGACGUUGGCACCUGGGCAGGAGUCUGUGCCACGUGUGGAUCUCCUUCGACGUGUUGUGCUGCACGGCCAGCAUCUGGAACGUGGCGGCCAUCGCCCUGGACCGCUACUGGACCAUCACGCGCCACCUGCAGUACACGCUGCGCACGCGGCGCCGCGCUUCUGCGCUCAUGAUCGCGGUCACCUGGGCGCUGUCGGCGCUCAUCGCGCUCGCCCCGCUGCUCUUUGGCUGGGGAGAAGCCUACGACGCUCGGCUGCAGCGUUGCCAGGUGAGCCAGGAGCCCUCCUACGCCGUCUUCUCCACCUGCGGAGCCUUCUACCUUCCCCUGGCGGUGGUGCUCUUCGUCUACUGGAAGAUUUACAAAGCUGCCAAGUUUCGGUUUGGCCGCAGACGCCGAGCUGUGGUGCCCUUGCCCGUCCCCAUGCAGGCAAAGGAGGCCCCUCCGGAGGCUGAGAUGGUCUUCACAGCUCGUCGCAGGGCGACAGUGAUCUUCCAGACCAGCGGAGACUCGUGGCGGGAGCAGAAGGAGAAGCGGGCAGCCAUGAUGGUGGGGAUCCUGAUUGGCGUGUUCGUGCUGUGUUGGAUCCCCUUCUUCCUGACGGAGCUCAUCAGCCCACUCUGCGCCUGCAGCCUGCCACCCAUCUGGAAAAGCAUAUUCCUGUGGCUCGGGUAUUCAAAUUCUUUCUUCAACCCCUUAAUUUACACCGCCUUUAAUAAGAACUACAACAAUGCCUUCAAGAGCCUCUUCACUAAGCAGAGAUAA